AUGGUGGCACUCUCGGACGAAUGGGCUUACCAACAUGGCCUUCGUACAGCGCAGAGAUUUCCCUGGGACAAUAGCAAGGGGAUUUAUUUGCUACACGGAUUUCACACUUUACAUUGCGUGAAAAUCGUUUAUAUCGCUCUGAAUGAAUACCAGUCAGGACAGCCCCAGUCUCGCGCUUGGCACCAUGUUAUACAUUGCAUGGAUGCUCUACGGAGACAAGUCUUAUGUGAUGCAGAUGACACACCAAGAGCUACUGAGAGACGUGCGGAGGUGGUCACUGGAGUUGGUCAGCAUCGUAUGUGUCGUCGAUGGGAUGAGCUGGUGGAUUUUGCUAAGCAACAUACCGCGUGUUACAAGCGUCCUGAGAGGCCAGAUGAAAGCCCAAAUAUUUUGGACCGAUACAGGAACUGUCCCCCGAACAGUGGCUAUAUUACAACGGAUAAUUAUGUACCUAGUGAUGAGUUCUUGGUCGGAUUGCCAGAGGAUCGAUUGAACCGUGAUGUUGCUUUGCUCAUAGUGUGCUACCUAAAUCAUUCAUGA